UUACCUGCGCACCCCCCCGUCCCCCUCUUCGCCAUUAGAGAGCGCGCGCAGCGGCGAAGCUCCUGAGGCUCGAGAUGAAGGUGAUCGAGAAGAUCCAGCAGGCCGCGGCGGAUGGCCGGACGGCGUUCUCGUUCGAGUACUUCCCGCCCAAGACCGAGGAGGGGGUCGAGAACCUCUUCGAGCGGAUGGACCGCAUGGUGGCGCACGGCCCGUCCUUCUGCGACAUCACCUGGGGCGCCGGGGGAUCCACCGCCGACCUCACCCUCGAAAUCGCCAACCGCAUGCAGAACAUGGUGUGUGUGGAAACUAUGAUGCACCUGACAUGUACAAACAUGCCAGUCGAGAAGAUUGACCAUGCUUUGGAAACCAUCAAAUCCAAUGGGAUUCAAAAUGUUUUGGCACUUAGAGGGGAUCCUCCACACGGGCAAGACAAAUUUGUGCAAGUUGAAGGUGGAUUUGCUUGUGCUCUUGAUCUGGUGCAGCAUAUUAGAGCCAAGUAUGGUGAUUAUUUUGGCAUAACUGUAGCUGGUUAUCCAGAGGCACACCCUGAUGCGAUACAAGGCGAGGGAGGUGCUACAUUGGAAGCAUAUACCAAUGAUCUUGCUUAUUUGAAGAGAAAGGUUGAUGCUGGCGCUGACCUUAUUGUCACACAACUUUUCUAUGAUACUGACAUCUUUCUCAAGUUUGUGAACGACUGCCGUCAAAUCGGCAUUACUUGUCCAAUUGUUCCUGGCAUAAUGCCGAUAAAUAACUACAAAGGUUUCGUGCGCAUGACUGGAUUUUGCAAAACUAAGAUACCUGCUGAGAUCACUGCUGCACUGGAUCCUAUUAAAGACAAUGAGGAAGCCGUCAAAGCAUAUGGAAUCCACCUUGGAACUGAGAUGUGCAAGAAAAUUCUAGCUACUGGCAUCAAGACUUUGCACCUUUACACACUAAACAUGGAGAAGUCUGCUUUAGCAAUUUUGAUGAAUCUUGGAUUAAUUGAGGAGUCCAAGGUUUCAAGGCCAUUACCUUGGAGGCCGCCAACUAAUGUUUUCCGUGUUAAAGAGGAUGUUCGACCUAUAUUCUGGGCUAACAGACCAAAGAGCUAUAUUACAAGGACUCUAGGUUGGGAUCAGUAUCCACAAGGAAGAUGGGGUGAUUCCCGAAACCCAUCAUAUGGAGCACUUACUGACCACCAGUUCGCAAGACCGCGUGGGCGUGGUAAAAAGCUCCAAGAGGAAUGGGCUGUUCCACUGAAAUCUGUGGAGGACAUUAGUGAGCGCUUUACAAACUUCUGUGAAGGGAAACUUACAAGCAGCCCAUGGUCAGAGUUGGAUGGUCUUCAACCAGAGACAAAGAUUAUUGAUGACCAGCUGGUGAAGAUUAACCAGAAGGGUUUCCUUACCAUCAACAGCCAACCUGCUGUAAAUGGAGAGAAAUCUGACUCGCCUACUGUUGGUUGGGGCGGUCCAGGAGGCUACGUUUAUCAGAAGGCCUACCUUGAAUUGUUUUGCGCGAAGGAGAAGUUGGACCAACUAGUUGAGAAGAUCAAAGCAUUCCCUUCUCUCACAUACAUUGCUGUGAACAAGGAUGGAGAAUCAUUCUCCAAUGUUCCUGCAAACGCCGUGAAUGCUGUCACAUGGGGUGUUUUCCCUGGCAAGGAGAUUAUCCAACCUACAGUUGUUGAUUCGGCAAGUUUUAUGGUUUGGAAGGACGAGGCAUUUGAAAUCUGGACGAGAGGAUGGGGCUGUCUGUUCCCCGAGGGUGACUCCUCCAGGGAGCUACUAGAGAAGGUUCAGAAGAGCUACUACCUGGUGAGCCUUGUCGACAACGACUACAUCCACGGGGAUCUGUUUGCUGCCUUCAAGGAGAUCUGAUGAUCCUCUUAUUGUCUGUAUUGUUGUUGUAUGGCCAAAUCCGACAAAUAUUCUUGCUUCCCCGACCACAGGGUCUGAUCGCCACGAAAGCUCCUGCUCAUUUGACCUCGGAGGAAUCCCCUAUCUGAUUUUUCCUGAUUUCCUCGGCUCAUUCGACUAUAAAUAAGAUUCGAGAUGUGUUCUCUAUCCAUUUCCUCCAUGUGCAAAUGGCGCAAUGAUUAGUUUGAAGAUGUAAGAUUCAUUUUCGUCGAAAUUGCUGGAUGCCCCCAGUGAUCAAGACAAAAAAAGAACGUGCUGCUGGUAUUGUACUGAAUUUGUGCCUCUGCUUGAUGGAAAUGUGGACCGAAAUAAGAUGUUCAUAUCCCCGAUU